UCUUUUUGUGAGCAAAAGGGUGAAAAUGCAUGCUCAAGUCCGCAGUGUAACACUUGGGGGACGCAUUUAGGUGUUGCACCGAAAGCGCUCCGGUGGUUUUUUAAUGGUACACCAGCGUCUCUUCCGGUCUCUUUCGAUCAGCUCUGAGGAAAGAUGACGAAGGGUACGUCAUCUUUCGGUAAGCGUCAUAAUAAGACGCACACUCUGUGCCGCCGAUGUGGAUCCAAGGCGUAUCACCUGCAGAAGUCCACCUGCGGGAAGUGUGGCUACCCUGCCAAGCGCAAGAGAAAGUACAACUGGAGCGUUAAGGCCAAGAGACGCAGCACCACUGGAACCGGCCGCAUGAGACACAUGAAGGUUGUUUUCCGCAGGUUCAGAAAUGGAUUCCGUGAGGGAACCGUGCCCAAGCCCCGUCGGGCAGCAGUGGCUGCGUCCAGCUCCUCAUAAACCGUUUUCAAUAAAAAGUGGUGUUUGAAA